UCCCAUAGCUAACACAACAACCGCACCGCCACUCUUUAACAUAUCUGAUCUUCCUCUGCUCGCUCAUACGUGACUGAUUGGUAAGCUGCUGCAAGGCAAGCUAGCUAGCAAUGGCAGCUCAGGGAAGAGGCAGUGCUGCCGGUGGCAACGUGGCCGUUGUCGUCGGGCUCGUCCUGCUCCUCUGCGUGCUCCUCCAAGCCAGCGUCGCGGAGUCGGCGGUGUUCAACGUCGGCGACCGCGGGGGCUGGUCGUUCAACACCAACUCCUGGCCCACCGGCAAGCGCUUCAAGGCCGGCGACGUCCUAGUGUUCAAGUAUGACGCGACGGCGCACGACGUGGUGGCGGUGAGCGCGGCGGGGUACAAGGCCUGCGCCAAGCCGGCGAGGGGCGCCAAGGUGUACAAGUCCGGCGCCGACCGCGUCACGCUCGCCCGCGGCACCAACUACUUCAUCUGCAGUGUCCCCGGCCACUGCCAGUCCGGCAUGAAGAUCGCCGUCACCGCUGCAUGAUACAUCAGUCCAUUAUCGAUCGUGGCAUCCAUUAUAUCACGUGAACUACAUUUGCUGAAAAAAAUAAAUGGGCCGGUGUUUCGUCGAUCGAUCUCAGUGAUUGUUGUAGUUUGGCUUUGACCGAGGCGCGUGUGCGUUAGGUAUUUGUACUUCCAUAAUUCACACAACUUGAAUAAACUGUUAUUUCUCAA